AUGAUUAUCGCUCUGUUUUCCGCGUUCGCCUGCAUAGCAGCAAUCACUGAUGCCGGCGAGCUUGGGAACGAAGGCGAGACGCCCGCGUUUCACCAUCUUCGUUCUCUGGAUGGCGGCGGGGUCUUGUGCCCAGGCAGCAAGGGUAAACAGGAGUUCGGAUAUAUACCAGUUGGCGUGAUAAAUAAGUACUUCUACGCGGUUAUGGAAGCCGAAGACGUAGAUCCAGCAUCAGCACCGACCUUCUGGUUUAUGGCUGCUCUCUUCGUUGCUAUGUUGGGAGAGGGCAUCCUGCGAAAUCCACAGCUCAAGAUCGAUUUAAAAGGAGUGAUGAUGUAUUCUGGUAUAGUUGGACCGUACGCGAUGCUCGAUAUAAUGAAGACUGGCUUGACGAAGUGUGAAGCAGCAGUCGACAAGUGCAAUUCUAAUGGCCCUGGAAAGCCUGCUAAGCCCGUUUUGUGCCAAGAAGCUGUCAAUAUCUGUGAAAAAAUAACGAUGGACCCUAUGGACAGAGAAGGCAAGAGCAUAUACGAUGUACGUGCACGAAAAGAUGGAGAUUCCAAAUUUUACGCUUUCAAACCGGGAGAAGCGGCCGGUUUCCUCAAUAAGCCAAAUGUUAAACAAGCUCUCGGCGUGUCUAAGACUUGGGAGCGGGAAAAUGAUCAGGUCCUACAGCUCUUCAAUAAGUACGCCGCCUAUAAUGGGACCUGCUUCGUCACACAACUCCUCGACCACGGAUUAAAGGUGAGAAUGAUCUAA